UCCCCCCCCCCUUCAGUCCCGUUGCCAGGCCGACGGCAACAUGGCGGCGCCCAGGCCGGUCACCCACCUGCUCUUCGACAUGGACGGGCUGCUGCUCGACACGGAGCGCCUGUACUCGGUGGUGUUCCAGGACAUCUGCGGCCGCUACGGGAAGCAGUACUCCUGGGCUGUGAAGUCGCUGGUGAUGGGGCAGACGGCGCCCGAGGCCGCCCGGAUCAUCGUGCAGACGCUGGAGCUGCCCCUGAACCCCGAGGACCUGCUGCAGGAGAGCCAGGCCCGGCUGCGAGACCUCUUCCCCACCUGCGGCCUCAUGCCAGGUGCCGAGCGGCUGAUAGGGCAUCUUAAGAAGCAUGGGGUCCCCACGGCCGUGGCCACCAGCUCGGGAACGUCGUCCUUCCGCCUCAAGACCCGGCACCACCAGCCCUUCUUUCACCUGUUUGACCACGUGGUGCUGGGAGACGACCCCGCCGUGCGCCAGGGCAAGCCGCACCCCGACAUCUUCCUGGCCUGCGCCCGCCGCUUCUCACCGCCCGCGCCCGAGGCCUCGUGCCUGGUCUUUGAAGACGCCCCCAACGGGGUGGAGGCGGCGCUGGCCGCCGGGAUGCAGGCGGUCAUGGUGCCCGACGCCAACCUCAGCCCAGAGCUGACGGCCAGAGCCACCCUGGUGCUCGGCUCUCUGGAGGAGUUCCGGCCGGAGCUGUUCGGCCUGCCGCCCUUCGAGGACUGAGAGACAGACACGCACACACACACCCGGCCAGGGCGCCCUCUCCCUCCCGAGUGUCCAAGGGAGAGAAAAAUGCAGGGCGGACAUCACGCCCCCACCCUCCGUGUCUCCGGGAUGGACGCCGGCUCGGCCAGUGAGAGCAUGGAGCCUGGAACCCACCUGCAGGCGUACCACAUUACAGUGUGCAAGGACCCAGGUUCGAGCCCCCGGCCCCCAUCUGCAGCGGGGAAGCUUCGCGAGCGGAGGAGCAGGGCUGCGGGUGUCUCUUUGUCUGUCUCCCUCCCCUCUCAGUUUCUCUCUGUCUCUAUCCAGUAAUAAACAAACAAAUAAUUUAUAA